GUGUUUUUAUCUCAUCAAUAUAAAGAAAGGGAUACGGCUAAGUACUUCGGAUAGGGACAGUAAGAAAAUUACAACAAUUUAUCAAAAGUUUGAAAUAAUUUAGAAAGAAUUAUCUCGCCGUUCGGAUAGUGUACCUAUCGUAUAUUGUUUAAAUUAUUGGCUAAUUUAAAAUGCGAAAAAGGACAGUUUUACGAUAAUUAUCUAUAAUUACAUUAUUUUUUUCGUGAGCGGUACAAAAAAAUCGAAGUAGUAAUCCGCGUUUCUGCUUUAAAUGGCUAAUGCCUUAUAAGUUAAAUACGCUAUUGUUUUACCUAAAAAUGGGGAAAACUAUUUUAAAAUGAAUAACUUUUUCUAUCACAUGCACAGUUUCGCCAAAAUAGUUUAAAAUACACCGGUACAUUCCUUCAACACUCGUAUAUUGUAUCGUUUCACUACUGAACAAAACAAAAUCUUACAAAAAUGAAAGUUUACAAAAAAAUGAAGUUUCCCUUCGAAGUUACCAAGGGUAAGGCAGAAGAUUUAUACCGACUUCGAUUCAUGAGGAAAAGUGAACUAGAGCCGUUAGUGCAACAUAAUUUAAGACACAACGUCGGCCAAAUGGGACGCCAAUUAGACCUCUGGUUUAAAGAGCAAUUAUUCACGAUCGGAUCUUUAAAUAAAGAACAAGAGAAAUUAUACCAAUCACGUAAAAAACUUAAGACUGAAAUACGGCGAUCUAAAAAGAGAGAAUAUGCGAGACAUCAAGAAGAGAUACGAGUGAAAUUGAAGGAUAUUAAGACAAGAAUGUUGAUGAUGAAAGUAGUACAAAAGUUUAAAGAGAACGUAGCUAUUGCCAGAUCGUACAGGAGCGGUGAAAACAACCUGAAAGGGAACGUAGAUGUUCUCCGUGUGUCGGGAAAUAAACAACUUAUUCAUGGCUCUGAGGAGAAAGAAAAAUCGAACCAGGAAAUCGAGAAAGUCGAUAAAGACAAUAAAUUAAAUGAUUCCGAGGAAAACAUUUUGGAUGAAACUAAUGGAUUACAUUCUACAAGAGAGGAUAAAUAUUUAAGAAACGGUAGAACAAAGUCAACCGAAGAUUCGCCUAGAACGGGUAAUGUAAAACAUAAAGACAAAGAUAACACCGAAGAUCUUGAUGAAGACGUGACGGAUACUGACAGUGAUGGGAACGUGGAUAGUGACGAUGCGUUUGAAUCUCCAGACAUCGCUGAUGCCGGUUUGCGACUUUCGUCAUCACACGGACCUAAAAUGGAAACUAUUCCUGAAGAAACAGAAGAAGUUGAGGUAGAGAUUGAUGAUCUAAGAAGUUUUCCAAAACUUACAAAGAAACGCUUGAGUUUAUUGAAUAGAAGUCAUUCGAGAAGAAACGUAUUUGACGUAAGCGACAGUGUUCCACUUUUACCGGAAGUGAUCGAAAAUAACGCACAGACGCAUGCGAAUGUUGCAGGGCGCCACCUGCCGGACAUGGCCGAUAAAGAGACUCAAACAUCAGAUAAAUCCAAAUCAGACAGAGAAAAACGCAAAAAGCCCUCACAUCUCCGAAGGUCUGCAAAUGCAUCCGAUGGACAUGUCAAAAGAACCAUUGUCGUAAAAUUGCCUCGGUCAAAAAUCCCUACGCCAAGAGCGAGGGAAUCAGCAAACUCCAGAAAUGGACAAUACUGUUCGGAUGAAUCCGACGAAGAAAAUAGUACUGACUUUGCAUAUGGUUUUGAAUCAGAUUUAAUAACAACGGAAACUGAUAACAGUGACGACAGCGAUGCGGAAAAUGUGUCGUCCGUAAGCCAGUCCAUACCUGGAGAUGUUUCUUUUAGUUUAUAUAAAACAACACUGCCUCGAAAAGGUGACAGUAAGUCCGCAUCAAAAAGUCUUCCUUCAGUAAACAUUGAAGCGAAUUUUCCUAACGUUACAGCGUUUAGUAUUCAAAAUCCAUUUUCAGUUAGGUACAAAGAACGAAGUUUUGUUCUUAAAACAAGUGAUCACGAAAGGACAACCGGAAGUGCAAAAUUCCAUAGAAAGUCUCGUGAGAUGUGUUCUGAAGAAAAUAGUAGUCCAAGGAUAGGAAUACAAGAAAAGAUAAAAGAAUUAAGAAAGAAGCGAAGUGAAGAAAUAAGAAAACUGUUAAUGCAGGAAAACCGUGUUAUCAAACAGGAAAACCCGAACAUGGCUAUUUUUGGCAAAAGGCCAGAAGGUAUCCAAGGGCAGCAUUUUCCGUCGCCCCCAACUUCACCGGAACCAGCUCAAAGCCGACAAGGUUUUAGUCCGAGACGUUCGGCUACUCUUUCGCAUCAAAAGAAACUUUUGUUUACUCAAACGCGUGCUAAAGCAGAAGAACAAGAAAGAAUACAUGAGGCUGUUGCGAGUGAACCUGUUCAAAAAUAUGAACGAACGCGCAGCGGUAAAAUCCGGCCAUUCGGAACACCCCGGAUUAUUAGUCAUGAAAUACCAUCCCUGAGGGAUCAGUAUUACAGGGAUAAGCUAUUAAAAGCGGAAAGAGACAGUAUGUUGAAACAAAACAUGAAAAUGAAGAGGUUCAUUGAUACUUUUGAAAAAGACGCCUUUAUCGAAGAGCAAUUUGCUAGAUUAGAUCGCGGACAAGUAUUUUAUCUUAUUAUUUUUUUUUAUCAAACUAUUUUGUAGAUUAUUGAAACAUAUUUGUAGUUAUGAGGGUAUCUGGAUUUUUGGAGGAAUGUUUAUGGGAAAGUAAAGGCAGAGUAGGAACUUUUUUCUGACCUUUAAGAAGUUGUUUUCCUUCUUUGGUGAAUGUGUACCUAAGCUUAAAACUGACACAGCUGUGUUUAAAGGAUUUAUCUGUAAAAUACCUGGCUUUGUUCUUCUAUACUUAUUCUGUUAAUAAAUUUCUACUUUCAAUUGCUUUUACUACUGUUUAUAUCCUUUGAAGUGUCUUAUCAUCCCGUGGUAUCAAAUAACCUGCGUAUUUUUUU